GCGCCCUUCGUCUUGAAUAUAAUCGCCAGUUCCUGGCUAUAUAUCACGCGUCUGGCGGGACGCUCUCAGCGUCCAACGGGAGGCCUCCCGUCGCGCGUCGCGGUCACGCGUCAAAGGCGAUCUUCUGGGGUCUCGGCAUACAGCUUGAGCCGCCGGAGCAGGCGCCUGACCAGUGAAAACAUUUGAUUCGGACGAGACAUGGACUCACAUUUUCUUCCCCUUAAGGUCGUCUCAUGCACCCGGCUAGAGCGUACAACCCGCCCACAGGCACGCCCUGAGUCAUGCCGCUGCCGACGAAUCCCGCCACAGAGAACGUCCUGGGCACCAUAGGGACGAUCUGCUGGACUGUGCAGUUGAUACCUCAGCUGUGGAAGAGUUGGAGGGAGAAGUCGACGGAUGGUUUGUCGCACUGGCUAGUUCUCGUGUGGGGAGUAGCCGGUGCCUUCCUUGGUGUCUAUGUUAUCGUUCAGAGCUUGAGCAUACCACUUAUUGUACAACCACAAGCCUUCGGCAUUCUCUCCUUGAUAUCUUGGGGGCAGUGUCUAUAUUAUGGUCAACGACGCCCUUUUACGAUCGCUAUAUCAGCUUUCCUUGCCGUUACCGCUGUAACCGCAGGGUUUGAAGCCGGGAUGGUCUAUGCUAUCAGGCCAGCAUACAAUGCUGGGAAUCAUACACCGGUAGAAUUUUUUGGUAUUUUCAGUUCUGUAAUCAUAGCUCUGGCAUUGGCACCUCAAUAUUACGAGAUCUAUCGUCGGCGCGAAGUCGUCGGCAUUUCUCUGAUAUUCAUGGUUGUAGACUGCUCAGGUGGGGUCUUCAGCACGCUGUCAUUGGUAUUUGCGAAGAAGUUCGAUGUCAUCGCUGCCGUGACGUAUCUGCUGGUUGUCGUCUUGGAUGGAACGGUACUCUUGCUCGCGGCGAUUCUGAAUCCUAGAGCGAGGCGGAAGCGGGCUCGGGAGGCUGCCGCCAACGCAGUCGCCGCGGAAACAAUUUCUUCUACCAUAACUAUCGCGCCUGUGGAAAAUUCAGAUGAAGAGAAGGCAGCUUACAGAGAAGAAAGAGAUGGCAUUCUCCCCUGAUAUCGACACACGGGCCUUAAAAUAUUUUGCUCCUAAAGCCUCUUGCUCUCUCCCGGAUUUUUAUAGGGGUUUUCACAGGACUAAAUCUGCG